UUGGCAAGAAGUUAGUUCCUGCUCUUCCCUGGCCGUUUCCUGUAAUCGUACAGUGUUGUGAGACGGAGAAAGCCAUGUGUGUCGAUGCAAAGCUGUUUACUUAAAAGUUGAGAAGACCUGGACAAAAGCACUCGCCUUCCUUGUCUGAGUCUUUUUAACUUUGGGCCCAUCUCCCGGUGUGGAGUGGGCAAGAUGGCAGAUCCCAUUAUGGACCUCUUUGAGGACACACCUCUGUUUAACCUGGACGCCCUUCCAGAUGACUCCUUCUCUCAUGGUUCUUCGGACCCUGUGGAGGAAGCUUUGAAGUUGGCUUUGGGCCAGGUGGUUCCAACAGAACCGGAGCCCACCCCCGACCUCUCAGUCAACACAAGCCUUGAUGUUCCUGUAGCAGCUCCUUCCAUCCCAGACCCUGCUCCUGUUCAAAUCCCCAUACAGCAACCAAUGCCAGUGAUGACUGUUCAGUCUGUGUCCUUAGCUGCAGCUCCCACCGUGACACCGGCUUCUGUUGAUACUGUGCCACAGAUACAGACCACCGUACCCAUUGCCAGCAACACCAGUGGGGUUUCCAGUAGUGCCGUACUCCUGAGCUCACCUCUGACUGUUUCUAGUUCUCCAGCUACCACCACACAACAGCUUACACAGAUAACUCAUCAGCUCACCCCACAACAGUUAGCGGCCAUCACACAGCAAGCUGGUGGUAAAAUUGUGAUUCUCAAAGGUCCCCAGGGUCAAGCACAGGUUCUACAAACUAUAUCUGGAACCACGGGUCAGACAACUGGGAAGGUCAUCCGUGUUUUGUCUGGAACUCCACUCAAACCCGGUGUGUCCAUACUGCAGGGGGGUGCGGUGUUGAAUCAGGCAAGCCCUGGACAGGCCCAGGUCAAGGUGGGUGGUGCAGGGGUGCAGAGGCUACUGCAGUCUCCCAAUGGACCAGUCAAACAGGUGUUGCUUACAUCCAUGCCACAGCAGGUACAGCAGACACAAACUCAGCCAGUUCAGGUGAAGAUCCCAGCUCAGGCGCAGAUAGCUCAAGGUCAGACUACUGUUCAAGUCCAUCCGCAGGCUCAAACCGCCCAAAUUCAAGUCCAACCUCAAGCCCAUGCCGCUCAGAGCCAGGUCCAGAUGCAGAGUCAAGUGCAGCUCCAGCCAGCCAUGCAAGCCCAGACACAGGGAGGGGAAGCUAAGCGCAUCACCCUGGUUCUUCAGCAGCCCUCUCAGCCUGGCUCUGCCACGACAACAGGCCAAGCUGUUGCAGCUCCGCAGCAAGUCGCACAGGUCCAACAAGUUCAGACCGCACAAGGGGGUCAACAGCAGCAAACACCGGCUCCAGCUAGACUGGUGUUGGGUCAGCUCCCUAGUGGAAAACUGGUGCUCCAAGGAAGUCAGCUGGCAGCCCUGACCCAGGCUCGGACUGCAGGCCAGGCUGGAGGGCAGCCCAAAGUCCUCACCAUUCAGCUGCAAGUGCAGCAACAGCCCAACCAGCAAGGAGGAGUUAAGUACCAGCUGGUGUCAGGAGCAGGUAAUGCCGGCAGCCCACAGAUGCUGCAGAUAUCCCAGAGCCAAGGAGGACAGAGAGUAGCGGUACCCAUCAAAAUGCUUCUGCAGCCACAGACAACCUCAGCCUCGCCUUCAGGUGGCGCCGUCUCCGUGGUGAAGGUCAUCAAUUCUUCAGCAGCAGGCCCCUCCGCCACCACCACCACCUCUCCAUCCCAGGCCAUUCGCAUCUCCAAGGCUCCGGGCGAGCCGGCGUCAGUGCGACGCGUGGAGAUUCUCUGUAAGCAGGAGAAAGCAAAUCGCAUCGUGGCUGAAGCCAUCGCACGGGCCAAAGCGCGUGGUGAGAAGAACCUCCCCAGAGUCCUGAACCAGGAUGAGCUUCCAGCCACACACACCUUGUCAGAAAUAGGAGGGACUGUGACUGUGGUGUCUGCUGCUAAGAAAAAAAGCAGCAGUGGAGGAAGCAAAAAGAAAAGUCCGUUGUCUGGAGGGGCGGUGCACAAAACUAUGGUAGGAGCUAACAAUAAAGGCAAAGUCAAGAUACAAGGAGGCACCAUGACGGUAGCUGGAGGCACCAUUUUACCUGCAGCUGGGAACAAGAACAAAAACAAGACUAAAGCAAACACCAUUACUCUGGUGGGAGCAAAGAAAAGGAAGAGAAAUCCAUCUUCUGACCACUCUGAUGGGGAGCUGAGCCCUCCUUCACCCGUUGCUCUGGAGGAUGACAUGAUCAUGAAGAGGCGCUCCAAUCGUGUGGUGAAGAGGAAGAAGUACACAGAGGACCUGGAUAUCAAAAUAACGGAUGAUGAGGAUGAGCAGGAAGAUGUGGACGUUACUACGACCGCAGCAGCGGUGGCCUCCAUCAGUGGAGUUGCGGCAGUGCAGCUGAAACAGGAAGUGGAGCUUGAUGGGGACGGACUGCCCAGUAUGCAGUUCUUUGUGGAGAAUCCUAGUGAGGAGGAUGCAGCCAUCGUAGACAAAGUCCUGUCUAUGAGGAUAACCAAAAAGGAGGUGGCUCCAGGCCAGUAUGUUAAUGCUGAGGAAUUCUUUGUAAAAUACAAAAACUAUUCAUACCUGCACUGUGAGUGGGCCACACUGAACCAGCUGGAGAAAGAUAAGAGGAUCCAUCAAAAGAUCAAGAGGUUCAAGACCAAGCAUGCUCAGAUGAGGCACUUGUUCCAGGAGGACGAGGAGCCUUUUAACCCGGACUACAUGGAGGUGGACAGGAUCCUGGACGUGUCUCACAGCGUGGACAAGGACAAUGGAGAGCCGGUCAUCUACUACCUGGUGAAGUGGUGCUCGCUGCCCUAUGAAGAUGCUACUUGGGAACUAAAAGAGGACGUUGAUGAGACAAAAGUUGAAGAGUUCCGCAAAAUUCAAAACCGGCAGCCUCGUCUGAAGAGAACGGCACGGCCUCCUGCUGGGUCAUGGAAGAAGUUGGAGGAGACCAGAGAGUACAAGAACGGCAACAUCCUCCGAGAAUAUCAGCUGGAAGGAGUCAACUGGCUCCUCUUCAACUGGUACAACAGGCAGAACUGCAUCCUGGCAGAUGAAAUGGGUCUGGGCAAAACCAUCCAGUCCAUCACGCUGCUGUCAGAGGUGUACGCUGCUGGUGUCCAAGGCCCCUUCCUGGUUAUUGCUCCCCUCUCCACCAUCACCAACUGGGAGAGGGAGUUCUCCACCUGGACCGACAUGAAUGCCAUAGUCUACCAUGGCAGCCUCGCCAGCCGACAGAUGAUCCAGCAGUAUGAGAUGUACUGCAAAGAUGACAAGGGACAUCUGAUUCCAGGCGCAUACAAAUUCGAUGCCCUCAUUACGACAUUUGAGAUGGUGCUUUCCGACUGCCCGGAGCUGAGAGAGAUCUCCUGGCGCUGCGUGAUCAUCGACGAAGCUCACCGCCUUAAAAAUCGCAACUGCAAGCUGUUGGACAGCUUGAAGAUGCUUGACCUGGAACACAAAGUGCUGUUGACCGGCACGCCGCUUCAGAACACCGUGGAGGAACUCUUCAGUUUGCUUCACUUCCUUGAGCCAGCUCAGUUCCCGUCUGAAAUCGAAUUUCUUAGAGAUUUUGGAGACCUCAAGACAGAGGAGCAGGUUCAGAAACUGCAGGCGAUAUUAAAACCUAUGAUGCUGCGCCGACUCAAGGAGGAUGUGGAGAAGAACUUGGCACCCAAGCAGGAGACCAUUAUUGAGGUUGAGCUGACUGACAUCCAGAAGAAGUACUAUCGGGCCAUUCUGGAGAGGAACUUUAGUUUCCUGAGUUUAGGAGCCAACAGUAACAGUAACGUCCCCAACCUGCUCAACACCAUGAUGGAGCUCCGCAAGUGCUGCAACCACCCCUACCUCAUCAACGGCGCAGAGGAGAAGAUCGUGGCGGAGCUGCGGCAGGUGUAUGACCCCCUGGCCCCUGACUUUCAUUUGCAAGCCCUGAUUCGGUCAGCUGGGAAACUGGUGCUUCUCGAUAAGCUGCUGCCCCGUCUGAAGGCUGGAGGCCACAAAGUGCUCAUCUUCUCCCAGAUGGUGCGCUGCUUGGACAUCCUCGAGGACUACCUCAUCAACAAGAGGUACCUUUAUGAACGAAUUGAUGGUAGAGUGCGUGGGAACCUGCGACAGGCAGCCAUCGAUCGCUUCAGCAAGCCAGACUCUGAUCGUUUUGUCUUCCUCCUGUGUACUCGUGCUGGUGGUCUGGGCAUCAACCUGACUGCUGCUGACACUUGUGUCAUAUUUGACUCUGACUGGAACCCUCAGAAUGAUCUGCAGGCCCAAGCGAGGUGUCAUCGUAUUGGACAGUCAAAAGCGGUCAAAGUCUACCGUCUCAUCACCCGGAACUCCUACGAGAGGGAGAUGCUGGACAAAGCGAGUCUGAAGCUCGGAUUGGACCGGGCUGUCCUUCAAAGCAUGAGCGGCAACAAAGACAGCAGCGUCAACGGGCUCCAACAGUUUUCCAAGAAGGAGAUUGAAGAUCUGUUGAGGAAAGGAGCCUAUGCCGCCAUCAUGGAUGAGAAUGAUGAAGGCAGCCGGUUCUGUGAGGAAGAUAUUGACCAGAUCCUUCAGCGACGAGCCACCACCAUCACUAUUGAGAGUGAAGGAAAGGGCUCUACUUUCUCCAAAGCCAGCUUUGUGGCCUCUGAGAACCGCAAUGACAUCGCCCUCGAUGAUCCUGAAUUCUGGGAGAAGUGGGCCAAGAAAGCAGAUAUAGACAUGGAUUCUAUCAAUCAGAAGAACACACUGGUGAUCGACACCCCCAGGAUUCGCAAGCAGACCCGUCAGUUCUCCACUUUACGUGGCGAAGGUGGAGACCUGUCAGAUCUAGAGAGUGAUGACGAAUAUCCACCUGCUAAUUCUAGACAUUCGCGUGCUUCUCGCCGCUCUGAUCGCCACAGCGGAGGAGGAUACGGACGCACCGACUGUUUCCGGGUGGAGAAACACCUGCUGGUCUAUGGGUGGGGUCGCUGGAGGGACAUCUUGUCUCAUGCCAGAUGUAAGAGGCGUCUGAGUGAGCGUGACGUGGAAACCAUCUGCCGUGUCAUCCUGGUCUUUUGUCUGCUGCACUAUCGUGGUGAUGAGAACAUCAAGAGUUUCAUCUGGGAGCUCAUCACUCCUCCAGAGAAUGGCCGAGAGCCUCAAACACUACUAAACCACUCUGGCCUUUCCAUCCCCGUUCCAAGAGGCAGGAAGGGAAAGAGGGUGAAGGCUCAGAGUACGUUUGAUGUGCAGAAGGUUGAGUGGAUCCGCAAGUACAACCCUGACACUCUGCUGCUUGAUGACAGCUACAGAAAACACUUGAAGCACCAGUGCAACAAAGUGUUGCUGAGGGUCCGGAUGCUCUACUACCUCAAACAGGAGGUUAUUGGUGAACAUGCAGACGCUGUCUUGAAAGGAGCUGAGAUCAGGGACGUGGACAUCUGGAUGCCAGAGAUGGAGCAGCAGGAGGUGCCUGCUGUGUGGUGGGACGCUGAUGCAGACCGCUCACUUCUUGCUGGUGUUUUCAAACAUGGUUAUGAGAUGUACACCACCAUGCGAGCCGAUCCCUGCCUCUGCUUCAUAGAAAGAGUCGGUCGGCCUGACGACAAAGCCAUUGAUGCUGAGCAGCAAACCGGUGACGCGGAGCUCGGGGAUGAGGCUGAAUAUGAUAAAUACUCAGAAGAUCCAGAGUUCAAGCCAGCAUCGCGACACGCCAAAGAUCCUUUUGAAGAGCCUGACUCUAUGAACGUAGAGGAUGAGGUUUCAGUGGAAGAUAAGGUGGAAGCCAUCGUCACAGAGAACGUCAUCAGUCAAAGCGGUGUGUGCGACUGGCCCUCUAGCUCGUCGCUAACGGCACGACUACGGCGGCUGAUCACGGCGUACCAACGCAGCUACAGACAGGAGCAGCUGAAGAUAGAGGCCGAGGCCAAAGGCGACCGCAGGCGUCGGCGGUGCGAACAGGCCAGCAAGCUGAAGGAGAUCGCUCGUCAGGAGAGACAGCAACGGUGGACUCGGCGGGAGGAGUGUGAUUUCUACCGCGUGGUUUCAACGUUCGGAGUAGAAAAGAUUAAAAAGGAUCCAGGGUACCAGGAGGCAGCAGAGCCGGAGUUUGACUGGACCCGUUUCCGUACUUUUGCUCGUUUGGAUAAGAAAACGGAUGAAAGCCUGAGUCGGUAUUUCCGCUCCUUUGUUGCCAUGUGUCGGAGGGUGUGCCACCUCCGCCCGGGUCGUAUUGAAGAUGUAUCAGAGAUACCCCAGACUGUGGCCCCUAUCACAGAGGAGCGCGCUUCACGCACCCUUUACCGCAUCAGCCUCCUGCGCCGCCUGCGGGAACGCGUCCUGCCUCACCCCGCCCUCGAGGAGCGCCUGCUACUGGCCCCACGCACCUCUGAGCUGCCCACCUGGUGGAGAAUACCAGAACACGACCAUCACCUGAUGCUCGGUGCUUCGCUUCAUGGCGUCAGUCGCACCGAGCUCUCCAUCUACCCAGACACACAGUUCACUUUCAGUUCUGCCCGUGAAGAGUUCGUCCAGAACCAGCAGUCUUUACCACCACCACCCCCUCCACCACCCAUCAUGAGCCUCAGCCAGCCCAAGACUGAGGUGGACUCACCUGGAGUGAAGGAGGAGGGAAGUGAUUUGGGCGUGCAGUUGUUUGGAGAUGAAAUUGGUGCAGAACUGCAAAGUACACCCCUGAGCCACCACGCGGGGAAAGGCCACAGUCAGGGCUGGAACUUCAAGAGGAGCAGAGAAAGGGGAGAAAAAACCGGAGGAGGGAGGAAGGGUGAGGGAGGUUCUGAUUCUGAUUCAGACUCUGAUUCAGGCUCGUCCUCCUCAGGGCGCUCGGGUAGCAGCGACGACAGCGGAGACAGUGAUGAGGACGUAGGAGGAGGUAUGAAGGUGGGAGAUGUGGAUGAAGAUAACAGUUUACUCUCCAUGACUCCUUCUCAGGACAGUAUAUCUCCUCCUGACCCCCUUAGAGUGGACUGGCCAAAGGACCGAGUGCUGAUCAACCGCCUGGACAGUUUAUGUACUCUAGUGUUGACAGGUCAGUGGCCAUCAGGGCGGCGUUACGUGUCUGAAGCUCAGCUCCACCCUGGCUCAGAGCUCGGUGGAGAGGAGAUGGCCUACAGCAGGGUGAUCCGUAAACCCAGCAGCGUACCAAGCGUCCUUGGGACGGACGGAGAGGAUGGAGAGUUUACGGUAAAACUCCUCAAGGAGGAGGGCCUCAAGCUGACCUUCUCUAAGCAGGCUCUCAUGCCCAACGGGUCGGGGGGGGAGAGCAGCCGCAAGAAGCGAAAGGAUCAGGAGCUAACAGACCUGGACGGACUCCGUGAUGCGUUGGAGCGUACGCCUCGCCGAAGGGACCCUCCAAUAUGGUUGAAAGAGAAUCCCGAAUACGAGGUGGAAGGAGACAUGCUGGAGCUGCUGGUCAACAGAAGUAAGAGGAAGAGGAGGAGGAGGGCCGAUAAGGCCCUCACAGGGACUGAGAAGGUUAAACUCAUCAACAUGAGAACAGGGAAGAAGGUUGGUGCCGCCUUCUGCCCGAUGCUGCAAGAGCUGAGGGAGUAUCUGGAGGAGAAUCCUGACAUUGCUGUUGCGCCCGAGUGGUCCGACACGGUUCGAAACUCUGGCUUACUGCCUGAAUCCUUCUUCCACCGCCUGCUGACGGAGAGCUCUGAGAUUCCGAAGAAAAGUCGUCGGCGUCACCACCACCACCACCAUCACCACCAUCAUCACUACCACACUCCAGAGCCCACCCCUGAAGACCCCAACCUGGAUGCAGUUGAGGAGGAGACGUUGGUGUCAGAUGGAGCUUACAUGAUGGAUGAGGAAGACCUGGAGACGUCCCAUCACUUCCUCACCAGUCCGGACUAUGACGUGAAAAUGGAGGGCGGUGACAGCCUUUCCCAGGGCGACUAUGACAGCUCAGAUCAAGAAGCUCUAUUAGAGGAUGUGAUCGUAGCGCAGAAGGACUCUGACUCUUCAUCGAGCUCCGAGGACUGAACCCCUCCCCCGAAACGCUGACUCAAUACCCAUUCAGAAACAAAUCAUGUUAUUCCUCAUUUCUUUAAACCUUUGUGUAACAAAUUAUGCAUUAAUGUUGUUUUUCAUUUUGCUUUUUCUAUUUGUUUGUUUUAUUCAGGACUUUUCUGUUGGAGGAGCGGGUUUGCACCUAUGACUUAGUUUCUUCACCUUCAUUUUGUUGCAUCCUUCUCUAUAUCUUUGUCAAACCUCUGACAAAAUGGCAAAAAGCUGAGAUUUGUUUCCUUUUCACUCGACGUUCCCCUUCUCUUCCAUCCAAACCCAUGAAUACCAUCACAUUCCCAUGUGUGACCAAAAGGGGACCCUUGCUGUACAGAAACACUUUUCAUAUCCACAAAAACAAACCUCAAAGCUGCUCCUCUAGCGCUACAUAAAACUGGGCACUUGUACUGAGCAGAGCCAGAUCCCACUACCCCCCCACCAGUCCCCUCUGGUUGUCUGAACUGAAGGGGCUCCCGUGUAUCGUUAGUGUUUUCACUUUGUGGGGGGGAGGGGUGUGGGUGGGAGAGGGGAUGGUGACGUAUUAGUUACUGAAGAAGUGCUAGGAGGAUGGAUUUAAUGUACAAUGUAGAGCUCGUCACUUGUGUACCAUGGUGCAACGUUGGCGGCAGUGAGUUACUAUUGUUUUAUGACCUGACUGUAUCUGUGAUAUGAAUAACAGCAAACUACAGUGAACAAACA